CCUGUUUUUCCCACAAUCGCCCUCCCCACGAAUAGGGUUCGGUACAGGAGACAAACACAGGCAAACAUUGAUCCUUUUGCAUUUAUUUGGACUCGUUCCUUUCCUGUUUCUGCAUCCUGCCCUUUCUUUUCACUCAUCCCUCAUCCCAGUGGGUUUUAAGGCUGCGUUGCACGCAUAUCUGUCUCUCUCUUGUCAGUUAAUACCCUUUUUAUCUUUCUCCCAUAAUGUCUGCGCCUGAGACCACCCCCGUUCCCGCCGCUCCCCUCGAGGAGGCCAAGCUUGCUGAGUCCCCCGCACCCGUUGCUGAGGCCGCUCCCGCUGUUGAGCCACCCAAGGCCGAAGAGCCUACUCCUGAAGCACCCAAGGAGGAGGUGAAGGCUGAGGAGGCUCCCAAGACUGAUGCUCCUGCUGCCGCUGAAGAAACACCUGCGGCUGAGGCUGCUGCUCCCGCCGCUGAAGAAGCCAAGGAGGCUGCCAAGGAUGAGGCUAAACUUGCUGCAGAGGCCGAGGCCCCUCCGAAGGAGGAGCGACCCAAGAGCCCUGGUCUCCUCGCCAAACUCCUUGCGCCUUUCAAGGAUCAGAAAGCCAAAGUUGAGAAGAAGGUCAAGAGUGCUAAGAGCCCGAAGAAGGAGAAAAAGAAGGAAGGGUCUGAGACGACUCCUGCCGUUGCCGAGGAGUCUGCCAAGGAGGAGUCCGCCACUGAUGCCCCCGCAGAGGCCGCUGAGCCCGCGAAGGCUGAGGAGGCCCCUGCUGCUGAGCCCGUGAAGGAGACUGAGACUGCUGCGGAGGCUGCCCCUGCUGAGGCUCCUGCCGAAGCUGCCGCCGAGGAGACUAAAGAAGAGAAGAAGGAGGAGAAGAAGGAGGAGAAAGUCAAGGCUAGCAAAGUCGGCCGCCGUCUGUCCGCGCGUGUCGGCGACUUCUUCAAGCCUAAAGCCAAGGCAGAGGUCCCCCAUCCUCCCAAGGUUGAUGAAAACCCACCGAAGAUUGAAGAACCUGCUCCGGUUGCUCCUCUGGAGAACCCUGCAUCAGAGCCUGCUGCUGAGGCCUCUGCGGAGCCCAAAUCUGAGCCCAUUGCGACCGAGGAGUCGAAGCCUGAGGUAGCUGCCGCUCCUGUAGCAACACCUGUGGUUGCCGCUGCCGCAUAAGGGUAUUUUCGUUUUUGUUUUUUUCUGGACCGUCAUCAUCUCUACUCUAUUGAACGACCUUUCACGAGCAUUUUUUUUUAUAACUGUGUUGUCUUGGCUUUCAUAGUGAUCAUCUUUUGUCUCCUUCCCCAUUCUAACCAUCAUUGCAG